CAAGAGGCAGUAGUGCGAGAUCAUCCUUAGAGUCAAUAGCUGAGGGCAUCAGAGAAUCAUCAUUGUAAAAGUGUGAGCAUUGGCCUGGACUUAUAGAGGAGUACUUUCACCACACAUAGAAAGGCACCAUGGCAGGAGCCUCAGUGAAGGUAGCGGUGAGAGUCCGCCCCUUCAACUCUCGCGAGAUCAAUAAAGAGUCGAAAUGCAUCAUCCAGAUGUCUGGAAACACAACCACUAUCAUCAACCCCAAAGCACCUAAAGAGAACAAGAGCUUCAAUUUUGAUUACUCCUACUGGUCACAUACUUCGCCAGAGGAUAUCAACUAUGCCUCCCAGCAGCAGGUGUUCAGAGACAUUGGAGAGGAGAUGUUACUCCAUGCCUUUGAGGGCUACAAUGUCUGUAUUUUUGCAUACGGCCAGACAGGGUCUGGCAAAUCGUAUACUAUGAUGGGCAAACAGGAAAAAGACCAGCAAGGAAUCAUCCCACUGCUUUGUGAAGACCUUUUCACCAAGAUUAAUGACAGCAAUACUGAUAACAGCAUGUCCUAUUCUGUGGAGGUUAGUUAUAUGGAGAUUUACUGUGAGCGGGUAAGAGAUCUUUUGAACCCCAAAAACAAAGGAAAUUUGCGCGUACGUGAGCAUCCCUUACUGGGCCCAUAUGUAGAGGACCUGUCCAAACUCGCUGUCACAUCGUAUAAUGACAUCCAAGACCUGAUGGACUCAGGAAAUAAGGCCAGGACAGUAGCUGCCACUAACAUGAAUGAGACAAGCAGCCGUUCCCACGCUGUCUUCAACAUCAUUUUCACCCAGAAGCGGCAUGAUGCAGAUACAGAAAACACUUCAGAAAAGGUCAGCAAAAUCAGUCUGGUGGAUUUAGCUGGCAGUGAGAGAGCAGACUCCACUGGAGCCAAGGGAACACGGCUCAAGGAAGGGGCAAACAUCAACAAAUCACUCACUACCCUGGGGAAGGUCAUUUCAGCUCUGGCUGAGGUGGAUUCUGGAUCAAACAAGAACAAAAAGAAGAAAAAAGUGGAAAGUUUUAUUCCUUACAGAGAUUCUGUACUGACCUGGCUCCUAAGAGAAAAUCUUGGUGGCAACUCUCGCACUGCAAUGGUGGCCGCUCUCAGUCCAGCCGACAUCAAUUAUGAUGAAACCCUCAGCACUCUUAGGUAUGCAGACAGGGCUAAGCAGAUCCGUUGUAAUGCUGUGAUCAAUGAAGAUCCUAAUAACCGUUUGGUGCGUGAGCUGAAAGAUGAGGUGUCCCGUCUGAAGGACCUCCUCUACGCCCAGGGCCUGGGUGACAUUAUCGAGAUGACCAAUACUAUGACGGGGAUGAGCCCAUCUCCCUCUCUCUCCGCCCUAUCCAGCCGGGCUGGCUCCAUCAGCAGCCUGCACGAUCGCAUCAUGUUCAGCCCUGGAAGCGAGGAAGCCAUUGAGAGACUCAAGGAAACAGAAAAAAUCAUUGCUGAGCUCAAUGAAACAUGGGAAGAGAAGCUUCGCAGAACAGAGGCCAUCAGAAUGGACAGAGAAGCACUGCUAGCUGAGAUGGGUGUGGCGAUGCGUGAGGAUGGAGGAACUGUUGGAGUCUUUUCACCAAAGAAGACGCCCCACCUGGUGAAUCUAAACGAAGAUCCUUUGAUGUCUGAAUGUCUCCUGUAUUAUAUCAAAGAUGGAAUUACCAGGGUGGGGAGAGAGGAUGCCAGCAGAAGGCAGGACAUUGUUAUGAGUGGUCAUUUCAUUAAGGAGGAACAUUGUACUUUCACCAGCACCACUGGACCCAUGGGCGAAGCUGUCAUUCUGGAGCCAUGUGAGGGAGCUGAAACUUACGUCAAUGGGAAGAGAGUGACAGAGUCCACUGUUCUCAGAUCAGGGAACCGAAUCAUUUUGGGCAAGAACCACGUGUUCCGCUUUAACCAUCCAGAGCAGGCCCGUCAGGAACGAGAGAUAACUCCGUGUAGCGAGACCCCGAUAGAGCCUGUAGACUGGGUGUUUGCUCAGAGAGAACUGCUGGAGAAACAGGGCAUUGAUAUGAAACAGGAAAUGGAUCAGAGACUGCAGGAACUUGAAGAUCAGUAUCGCAAAGAAAGAGAAGAGACCAACAAUCUGUUGGAGCAACAGAGAUUAGACUAUGAGAGCAGGCUAGAAGCCCUGCAGAAGCAGGUAGAUCGUUGUUACCCUGAUAUAGCCGAAGAAGACUAUGAACCCGAGGAGGAAGUGCAAUGGUCUGAGAGGGAGACAGAACUGGCACUGUGGGCAUUUCGUAAAUGGAGAUGUUACCAGUUCACCUCCCUCAGAGACCUGCUUUGGGGCAAUGCCAUCUUUCUCAAGGAGGCCAAUGCCAUUAGUGUGGAGCUUAAGAAGAAGGUUCAGUUCCAGUUUGUGUUAUUGACAGACACGCUGUACUCUCCUCUUCCACCUGAUCUGUUACCCCCUGAGACAACCAAAGACAGGGAGAAGAGCCCAUUCCCUCGCACCAUUGUGGCUGUAGAAGUCCAAGAUCAGAAGAAUGGAGCCACACAUUACUGGACCCUAGAGAAGCUCAGGCAGAGGCUGGACCUGAUGAGGGAGAUGUAUGAUCGUGCUGCUGAGGUGCCCAGCAAUGCUCUGGAUGACUGUGACAGUGUCUUGACAGGAGGAGAUCCUUUCUACGACCGGUUCCCCUGGUUCCGUCUGGUUGGAAGAAACCUCCUUUUCUCCACAUGCCUUAGUGAGCAAGCGAGUAACCCUAACUCCUCCCCCACCCCCUCUGUGCCCAUUUCGAACUCUGAACACACUGAGCUGGUCCAUUCAUGGUCCGACAAGAAGGUGGGAACAGAGUUGGAUGACUUGGAUGAUGAUUUCUUAUUGGAUGAACAAUGCUUGGAUUUUGAGGAGGAGGGGGAGGACAAGGAGGAUGAUGAUGAGGGAGAGCUCUGCAGAAACUCCAACAAAGCGGAGGACCCAUUUUACGAUCGCUCCCCAUUGUUCAGUGUAGUGGGAAGGGCUUUUGUGUAUUUGAGCAAUCUGCUCUAUCCUGUGCCGCUGGUGCAUCGGGUCGCAAUCGUCAGUGAGAAGGGCGAGGUCAAAGGUUUCCUCAGAGUCGCUGUACAGGCCAUAUCAGCCGAUGAGGAGGCACCAGACUACGGCUCUGGUGUCAGACAGUCGGGGACCGCUAAGAUUUCUUUUGAAGACCAGCAGUUUGAGAAGUUCCAAUCAGAGUCCUGCCAUUCUGGUCUGUCCCAUGCUGGGGUUUCUCAGGAGGAACUACGGAUUGUGGAAGGGGAGGGCCAGAAUGCAGAGAUGAGUCUGUCAGCAGAUGAGGUCAACAAUAAUACAUGUUCAGCUAACCCAGAGGAGCUAGACAGCCCUGUCAAAGCAGGUCUUGAUGGCAUACUGGAUGGAGCUCUGGAUCACUUGAAGAUUGGAGAUGUCUUUACAUUCAGAGUUACUGUGCUGCAGGCGUCAAGCAUAUCUGCAGAGUAUGCAGACAUAUUCUGUCAGUUCAAUUUUAUUCACAGGCACGAUGAAGCAUUUUCCACAGAGCCAUUGAAGAACACUGGACGUGGUCCACCACUUGGCUUCUAUCAUGUGCAGAAUAUUGCAGUGGAGGUGACCAAGUCCUUUAUUGAGUACAUAAAGACUCAGCCAAUCGUGUUUGAAGUCUUUGGACAUUACCAGAAACAGCCUUUUCCUUCGCUCUGCAAGGAUCUCAUUAGUCCGUUCCGUCCAUGUCGGCGGCAGUUCCCGAGAGUCAUGCCUCUGUCCAAACCAGUACCUGCCACCAAACUGACAGCUAUCACACGACCCACAGCAGGACCGUGCCACUGUAAAUAUGACCUGAUGGUCUUCUUUGAAAUCUGUGAGCUAGAGGCCAAUGGAGACUAUAUCCCAGCCGUAGUGGAUCACAGAGUGGGCAUGCCCUGCCAUGGCACAUUCAUGUUACAUCAGGGCAUCCAAAGGAGAGUGACAGUCACGAUUGUACAUGAGACUGGAAGAGAUAUUGAGUGGAAAGAAGUGCGAGAGCUGGUUGUUGGGCGCAUCCGAAAUAAACCUGAAGCAGAUGAGACAAUCAUAGACCCCAACAUUCUCUCUCUCAACAUUCUAUCUGCUGGAUAUAUCCGACCCGCACACGAUGACAGGACAUUCUACCGUUUUGAGGCUGCUUGGGAUUCAUCCAUGCACAACUCUUUGCUGCUAAACCGUGUCACUCCUUAUGGAGAGAAAAUCUACAUCACUCUGUCUGCUUACCUUGAGAUGGAGAAUUGCACACAGCCGACAGUGAUAACCAAAGACCUAUGCAUGGUGUUCUACUCUCGAGAUGCCAAGCUUGCAGCAUCUCGAUCCAUCAAGAACCUCUUCAGCAGUGGCAGUUUGAGGCCAUCUGAAGGGAACCGUGUAACUGGUGUGUAUGAGCUCAGUCUGUGUCACCUGGCUGAUGCAGGGAGCCCAGGAAUGCAAAGAAGGCGCAGGAGGGUGCUGGACACGUCAGUGGCGUAUGUGCGAGGGGAGGAGAACCUGGCUGGCUGGAGGCCCCGCAGUGACAGCCUCAUCCUGGACCAUCAGUGGGAGCUGGAGAAGCUGAGCCUCCUGCAGGAGGUGGAGAAAACUAGGCACUACCUCCUCCUUAGGGAGAAGCUGGAGUCCACCCUGCUGCUGGGCCAGGAGUUGCUGCUGUCCUGCGGGAGUGAAGAUCUAACCGAGUCUUCUCCCCCCUCCACCCACCUGGGCCUGGGUCACAGCCCUGGCCCCGGCCAUGACACUUCCAAUGAGAGGCAGAGAGAGCUGGCUGCCAAGUGUCUGCGUUUGCUUAACCACACAUUUAACAGGGACUACAUCCAUGUGUGUGUUAGCGCCAGCGAGAGCAAGUUGAGUGAGAUGUCAGUGACUCUCCUGAAAGACUCUGCCUCAGUCUGUGAUCAAAGCACUCUCACACCUUCUUCCACAUGCCCCUCUCUCGUGGAGGGACGCUAUGGCAGCAACACUGAACUCAGACCCCCACCGCCUCGAUCCCGCGCUGUCAGCCCAAACCCUUACUCUGAAACAGAGGGCAAGAAGUCUCCACCAGAGUCCAGACCAAGGACACGCACUUUUGUGCCAGACAUUCAGGAAAUCCGUGUCAGCCCUAUUGUGUCAAAGAAAGGGUAUUUGCACUUCCUGGAGCCCCACAGUAAUGGUUGGGUGAAGAAAUAUGUGGUGGUACGCCGGCCUUAUGUCUACAUCUACAACACAGAUAGAGACACCGUGGAAAGGGCCAUUCUUAACCUGUCCUCAGCACAAGUGGAAUACAGUGAAGACCAGCAGGCCAUGCUAAAGACCCCAUACACGUUUGCGGUAUGCACAGAGCAUCGUGGGAUUCUUCUUCAAGCCAGUAAUGACAAGGAGAUGCAUGACUGGCUGUAUGCCUUUAAUCCUCUGCUUGCUGGAUCUAUUAGGUCUAAACUGUCCAGAAGAAGAGCCGUGCAGAUAAGGUUUUGAGAUCAACACAUGUAUACCCACUGUACAACUCUCCAAGGACAAAACACAAAAGACUUACCUUGUAAAUCUACUGACAAAGCCCCAAAUUUCUGUGCUUAAGUCUCUCACCCCUGUACCUCUGUUAUACCUAGUACAUGUGUUUACCUGCACCUACCCACACUAGAACCUACUGUGCACCUGUACAUCAAAGGCCCCAUUGUUAUGUGUCUACAGUGGCCUAAAUAUUCAACUUAUAGCACCAACGGAUCAGGCUAACUACCUUAUUGGGUUAGAAGUAGUUGAUGCUUAUGUAGCCUACAGCAACAGCUUAGAAAGAAACAUGGCUGGCAAUGGAAAUUUGACAGAUCUAAAUUUGUUACUGUGAAGAGUGAAGUCCAUACCACAAGGCUGUGCCUCAUCUCAAUUUCAGUGGAAAAAUGAAGACUAGUAAAUUAUUAUGUCACAUGGCCUUAUUGUGUUAAUCCUGAAUUAUGUAAGUCUUUAAGUUUAAAUACUGAUCAGUAUUUAAGUUAGAAGACAAUAUGUUUAUUCAUCUCUUGGCUAUGGCCAAGAUAGAAUUGAUCAAUGAUAAUACAUUUUUAGCAAGGAACACAUGAAUCACAUCAUAUUACACUCUUUCUCUCUUUAAGUGCAGUUCUUGGACAGAGUCGAACCCAUCAUAAAUACUCAUAUACCUUUAUAAUGUUUGCCUUGUAAGGUCUGGAAAUGCAUAAAGAUUUCAAAAUAAUCAGGACACAUGAGAAAAAAAUUGGCAACAGAAUAUGGUUACAUUCUCAUACCUCUGUAUGAGAAGCAUUGUAAAGAUUUGGCCUAUUUUUAUUUGUAUUUUUUUUUUUUGGAGUACUGGUCGGUAGAUUUAUCUAAAAUGUAUCAUAAUGUAGUCUCGUAUUUUAUAUAGAAAGAUUAUAAGUAUCCCUAGAGUGUCUUAUAUCUGUCUAAUUUAUUUUAAAAAUUUCUAUUAAAGUCUUAUCUCGAUAGAUAUUUAUUUGACAUGUUUUAUUUUAUUUCAGGAUGUAUUUAUUUACAAAGACUGUAAUGUUUUUGAAGAAGUACAGUGCAAUUUCUGCAUAUGGCACUUUUUGUUAUCAUGAGUUGACUAACCUCGCUUUUACUGACCACACUGCUCUCAUUCCCCCAACACAGUGAAAUGCAUUUGAGGAACAGGAUAGAAAUGAAUGCUGGGAUAGCUACUAUUACAUGUAGAUUACUUGAAUUUUACGUUUUAGAUAUGUUAAGUAGUUAGUUAAGAAAAGGGAUUUUUGCCAGAUUUAUCAGGUAGAGAGAAAACAAAAACACCAUACUUAUCAACCCAAAUCAUAAAUGAGUGUGUGUGUACAGUGGUAAAGUGAAAGGUUUUAAAGAUUGUUUGAACAAAUCAAAAUGUUCUACAAACUCCCCAGUAAGAUAGAUGAACUAUAAUUUGUGUGCCUCUACAGCAUCAUGCUCUGUUUUUGUUUUAUAAUCUUAAUCAUCUCAAACCCUGUACACUUUUUAACAUGGUGAACUUCCACUUUCAGCUCCACCCAUUUGUGUCAUCCUUUCUCUUUGUGUGUAAAAAUGUUUAAAAACAGUUUUCAGUUUGUUUGCAUUUUAAAGGAAUAUUUCGGGUUCAAUAAAAGUUAAGCUCAUUCGACAGCAUGUGUGGCAUAAUAUUGAAAAAAAUCAUUAAAAAAAAACACAAAUCUGAGCUUAAGGCACUUACUGUAAAAUGGAAGUGAAUGGGGUCAAUCUGUAAACAUUAAAAUACUGUUUCAAGAGUAAAGUCACAAGAUGUAAACAAUGUGUGUGUUAAUGUGAUUUUAGUGUUAUAAAUCACUUACUAACCUUUUCUGUGUAAUGUUAUAUUCAAUUUUACAUCUUCGUUGCCAUGAUGAUGUAACGCUGUAAACCCUACAACAAUGAUUUAAACAUCUUUACAGCUCAAAUAAUACACAUGUUUUAACAGAAUAAUUAAUGCAAGUGCUUUUUUAAAUUAUAAGUUUCACAUUUCUGCCUUUUUAAACCCUCCAGAAAUUGGCCCCUAUUCACUUCCAUUGUAAGUGCCUCGCUAUUUUUUUGUUCUUAAAGCAAAGAAGGGACAAGUUGAAGAUAUAUUUUGUGGUAAUCAACAUUAUGCCACGAAUGCUUUAGAUAUAGCUUCACAUAUACUGAACCCGGAAUAUUCCUAAAAGACAUCUUGCCCUGCACUUAAUGUGACUAGGUAUAAUGGCUUUUACCAAGCAUAUCUAAAUAUGGUUUAAAUUAUCUUUUUAUCUUCUUUCACUCAUGCAAAGGAACAAAACAGCCCAUUUAUCCUACCAGAAACAUUUUACGUUUCUCACCUGUUACAACAUCACCCCAUCUCUGUAUUCCAGAAAUAAGCCCUGCUGACCAUCCAAAAUUGUUCAGCUCUGAUUGUUGUGGUUAUAAUCGGAUGAUAUAUUGCUGCAUUUUAUAUUCCGAUUUCCAUUUUGUCUCAGGUCUUUUCCUUGUGAUGUGCGUAAUAUCAAUAGGCUUAUGUUGUGCAAACCAAUAAGAUGCUUUCUACGUUAUAAAAUGCCAAACAAAAUGUGCAUGAAAAUCUGGAUCAGUAUCACUCUGGAUAGUUGCAACUGCUGACUAGUUUAGACUCAGUCUAACUACUUUUGGAUUAUGGACCCUGACAUUACUAGGCUAACAUAAUACCAUAACCUCUUAUUUCUAUGUAUCAGUGUUUUAUACAGAAGCAUUUGCUAGCAAGUGUGGAGUCCUGUGUGGCAGAUCAUGACUUAGGUAGUCACUGGAGCAAAGCCCACAGAUCCACAAUUGUUGCUUUUAAAAAAAGCCAAACUGCUUAUUAUGUGGUGUGAUUGAGUGAUCCUGCUCUUUUGAAAUUGCAAGCAUUUUCUUCAUAUUGUUCAGAGUGCAGACCAACUGUUUGCAUGUGGCCUAAGGUGUUUGGCAAAUAUGUAGAUUAAAAACCUGCAAGAGACAGGCAUACAAGUAUGACUGAGGCCAGCCAACCUGCAGGGAAUGCUCCGUACUGAAGGAAUCUGACACUGAACAACUCAGAUUAAAGCCUGUGGAGUAUAUGUUUGAGGGAUCAUACACAUAUAAAUUCAUAUAGAUUCAAGUAGGAUUUGCAACACUUGUGUUUGUUUUAUUUGACCAGCUCUUUCUAUAAAUAACAAAAACAAAUGGUAUACAGUUGUUACCCAUUCCUAAAAGGAUUCUCAUUUACUAAUUACUUUUCUUUUGUGUUUUUUCUGGUUCCGUUCUCUGUCACGUCUAGUUCAGAUUAAAAAAGGCUCACUCACUACUUUUAAAAUGGCAUAAGUCAAUGGUAAUAGCAGAUGCAUUUUUCAAUGGUUGACUUUCAGAUUGACAAUCAUUUCCAGUUUGAAGUACAUGCAUGUAAAUGAGAGUUGUCUUAGUUUUUUUUUUUGUUUGUGCAUCUUGUAGAAAGUAGGCUAAUGCAGAGAGCUGAACAGUGUUCUUCAUGUUAUAUCCUGUCCUGCACCAUUUCUACAAGCAAUUUACAUAAAACAUUAUCAUGUACCCAAUAUAAAGGCAUCAUGUACAUUUUUUCAUCUUCCAAACUGAAAGCAGGAUGAAUCAGUUCUCUUCAUGACACCAAUUAUUUGUGUGCUUCCAUUCGCCUCUUAUGCACAGACUCCAUUCACAGGCAUUUUUCUAACGGUUUCUCUUGGUUUUACUUGCCUUUGUACAUAAACAUGAUUGCUGUGAAUGUUGUAAUAUGCAGUUUGUACCAUCUUUAACGGGCAGUACUUCAAUGUCACUUUCUGAGUGUUGGAUAUGAGUCAAAUGUUUGUGUACACUUAACACAUUGUCAGUUAUGAAAUAAAUGUUGAACUUAUGCAAC